AUGGCAACACUGGACGGUUUGAGAGGAGGAGGAGGAGGAGAACUAGUUUUCGAUCGGCCAGCCAUAAAUGGAGAUGAAGAGGAGGAAGACUCAGCUGCAGUUUUACUCAGUGUUUUGGCCCAGCAUGGACAAGUGGGCCUCUGCUUCUACAACAGUGACAACUCUUCUUUGCACUACAUGAUAGACAUGCCUGACAACCAUGAGCUCCAACUGCUGGCCAGAGUUAUCCAGGAGGUUAGUCCCCAUGUGAUCAUCACCAGUGCAAAGCAGGAGCGCUGCAUGACCCGCUUCCUGCAACAACUGGGUUCAAACCCAGACUACAGACCAGAGGUGGUUACUUAUCCUUAUGUUGACUUUGGUCUGGAGGUUAGUAAGCAGAGGCUGCUCUCUGCCCAUCUUCCUUCUCUUCCGCCUUCCAUUUCAGAGAGAGACAAAAUGUCCUACCUCUCCUCUUGCAUCUCCUUUGACUCGCCUCUGAUGAUGAGGACAGUGGGCGCUUUGCUAAAAUGUCUGGACAGGAGGAGAGUGGGAGUGGAACUGGAAGACAGCAGUGUUAGAGUUCCUAUCCUGCAGUUCAACGCCUACUCGCUAAAAGUGUACUGCAGAUCUUCAAGUCUGAACUCCAUCCAUCAGUGUACAAGCUGCAUUCAGGCGAAAAAGAAGGACUCAGUCUAUAUGGUAUACUUAAUCGCUGCAGGUGUAAGUUUGGCUCCAAAUUGCUACGUUGCACAAUUUCCAUUUACUCUAAGUGGAAAUGUCCUUUCUUUUGUCAGCCAGUGGUUUCUGAGGCCGACACUGGACCUGGCUGUUUUACACAGGAGACAGGAAGUGAUACGUUUCUUCUCAUCGCCUCAGAACUCAGACGUCCAGAGCACCCUGCAGUCUUCGCUGCGCAACAUCAGAAACAUACCAACUCUUCUGCGCAGGAUGUCACUCUCUCACACCAAAGUGACUGACUGGCAAGGUCUCUACAAGACAGUGUACAGCACAGUGUGUAUCAGGGACACAGUGCGGCACCUGCCUCAAUCCAUUCAGCUCUUUCGUGAAAUCAGUGAGGGCUUCUCCGACGACCUCCACCACAUCUCCUCCGUCAUCAGCCGAGUUGUGGAUUUCGAAGCCAGCAUCGCCGAGAACCGCUUCACCAUCAAACCAAAUGUGGACCCAGCUAUAGAUGAGAAGAAGAGGAGGAUGAUGGGAUUGUCUGACUUCCUGACAGAUGUCGCCAGAAGAGAGCUGGAGCAUCUGGAGGCUCGCAUCCCGUCCUGUUGCGUCAUCUACAUCCCUCUGGUCUAAUCUUUAUAUCUGCACUGCUACAUGCUGCAUCUCUCUAUAUGCUGUAUAUGAGUGCUCAUAUACCAUAGUUAUCUCUCUUUACAGAUUGGAUUCCUGCUCUCUGUUCCUCGCCUGCCCAGUAUGGUGGAGAGGGAGGAUUUUGAGAUAGAGGGGCUUGAUUUCAUGUUUCUCUCAGAGGACCGUCUGCACUACCGCAGCCAGAGAACCAAGGAGUUAGACCACCUCCUGGGAGACCUGCACUGUGACAUCAGAGACAUGGAGACGGCAGUGAUGACACAACUGCAAAACACAAUCCUGGAGCGGAGCAGCUCCCUCUACAAGGUCCUGGAUCUUGCUGCAGAGCUGGACUGUCUGAUGGCUAUGAGCAGCGCCUCCCAGGAGUAUGGCUAUACCUCACCUAAGCUUACCAGCCACAGGAGCAUAACAAUCACACAGGGCAGACAUCCACUGUUGGAGCUGUGCGCUCCUGUGUUUGUGGACAACUCCUUCCUGAGCACAGAGUCGCAGGGCAGAGUCAAGAUCAUCACGGGACCCAACUCAUCUGGCAAGAGCAUCUACCUCAAACAGGUGGGUCUGAUUGUGUUCAUGGCUCUGAUUGGUUCCAACGUGCCGGCGAAGGAGGCGGAGAUCGGUCUGGUGGACGGGAUCUUCACCCGCAUGCAGAGCAGAGAGUCUGUGUCCGUGGGCCUCAGCACCUUCAUGAUCGACCUCAACCAGAUGGCCCAGGCUCUCAACUGCAGUACUGGCAACUCAUUAGUUCUCAUCGAUGAAUUUGGAAAAGGAACUAACACAGUGGACGGGCUGUCACUGCUGGCUGCAUCCAUGUCUCACUGGCUGAGGAGAGCUCCAGUGGACGUUCCUCAUGUCCUGUUGGCUACUAACUUCCACAGUUUGCUGCAGCUGGGCCUUCUACCCUCCUCUGCCCUGCUGUCUCUCCUGACUCUAGAGACAGCAGUGGACGGGGAUGAGUUGGUGUUUCUGUACCAGUUGAAAGAAGGGAUCUGUCACUCCAGCUAUGCUGCCAACAUCGCAACUCUGGCAGGCAUGCCAGUUAGUCUUGUACAAAGAGGGGUGGAGGUGUCUGAACUUUACAGGACAGGAAGACACAUCAAACGCAUUGACAAAGCUUCAACAGAUGAACAGGCAAACCGGUGCAGGUCUGUGGUGGAGAGAUUUCUGAACCUCAACCUGGAAGACAAAGAGUUGGAUCUGCAGAUCUUCAUGAAGGAAGAGCUCCUGCCCUCUGCUGGAGAGCUGCUGAACCACAGCUGAACUGUUCUGCCUCUGCAAACCUUUCUCUGCAGCUCUGUGGUCAGUUGGUGUUGGGAGUGGACGUAAAGUGAUAUAUU